GAGACCUUUAGUGUGUAGAAAACUAUAAGCACACACUAAGCCAAAUAUUAUAAUAUGCAUCAGUGUUAAACAGUAAUAUAUAUUGUUAUAAUAUUUUACCGAAGUUAUUUUAGUCUUGGUUGAACUUCGAAGAGAGCAACAGCUACAAAUUAUUUUUUCUCAUAAUGAGUGGACGGAAAGGAAGUACGAGUGGAAAUGUUCAUCCUGGUCGUAGUAAAAAAAGAAAGUUUAGUGGAAACCGUUUUACCCACCAAAAUGAUACGGUAUUUACAUCAGCUUCGGCCAAAAAACUUAAAAAUAACAUGAACAUGGAGGUUCCCAUCGCUUCGAAUUUCGCAUAUUGCAUUUUGGAGUUUGUUUCUGUAUUUGCUGCAAUCUCUGAAAUAGUCAUAUGUAAAACUUGUAAAAGUGACGUGUCUAUUUCGCGAUCAAGUUUCCGAGGCCUAGGCUUUAAAAUUAUUUUAUCGUGUGAGUGUGAAAAACAGACAGUUAUAAACUCAGGCCCGUUGAUCGGAAAUGCAUUUGAAGUUAAUCGUCGGUUUGUAUUUGCGAUGCGAUUAUUGGGAGCUGGUCAAGAAGGAGUAAAUCUUUUCUGUAGCUUUAUGGACAUGUGUUCGGGUGUUGCAAAUUCUACUUAUACUGCACUACUGGAAAACAUUCAUAUGGCUACAUCUUCACUGUGUGAUACUUUAUUGGCAUUCGCUGUUACGCAAGAAAAAACUAUGAAUGAAGAAUCAGGAAAACCACAGGAUGAAUUGACUGUGUCAGGUGACAGUACUUGGAAGAAAAGAGGCUUUUCAUCUCUGCUCGGCGUAUCUACGUUGAUCGGCAAGUACACUGGGAAAGUUUUAGAUGUCAUGAUCAUGAGUAGUUUUUGUGGUGGAUGUAAUUUGUGGAAAAAUAGAAAAAAAACAAAUCUUUUAGAAUACGAAAUGUGGUAUGAAAUGCAUGUAGAUGAAUGCACCAUAAACCAUUCCAGAAGUUCCGGUCAAAUGGAAAUAAGUGCCAUCACGAAAAUGUUUCUGAGGUCUGUAGAAAAAUAUGGCGUAAAGUAUCUAACAUACAUUGGCGACGGUGACAGCAAAACUUUCAAGGGGAUGCUAGAUACUAAACCGUAUGGAGAUACUGCGGUAACAAAAAAACAAUGUGUGAGUCACGUAGAAAAGAGGAUGGGAACACGACUUCGGGCUGUUAAAAAGGAUAAAACCAAUAAAGGAAUAGGAGGAAAAGGAGCAGGUGAACUUACUGAUAAAGUUAUCCAAGAAAUUACAAAAUUCUACGGAUUAGCAAUUCGACGCCAUCCAGAUUUGCUUGAAGAUAUGAGAAAGGAAGUUUGGGCAACGUACUAUCACAAAUGUUCUUCUGAUCAAAACCCUCAGCAUCAAUUUUGUCCAGAAGGCGAAGACAGUUGGUGUAAAUGGCGUAAGGCUGAAGCUAAUAAUGAACUGGACCAAUUUCAUCACGAUAAAUCACCUCUAAUUCCGCAAGUCCAAGAAGCUAUCAAACCGGUUUUCGAAGAUUUAUCGAAAGACGAAUUAUUAAUUCGUUGUUUAGGAGCAGAGACACAAAACAAUAACGAAUCUUUGAAUUCUUUGAUUUGGACUUUCGCUCCUAAACAUCUUCAUUCUGGUCCCAAGAUUGUUGAAAUUGCUAGCUACUUAGCAAUUAUUAUCUUUAAUGAAGGUUUUCAAGGAAUUUUAAAAGUUAUGUCGAUUAUGGGAUGCCCUGUUGGUCGUGAAGCCCAAGCGUAUGUUGAGAAACGGGAUGAAAAGCGAAUCUUACGUUCUGAGCGGCGCGUAAGUGAUGUUGUUAAACAAGCC